UAGGCCCUUACCCCCGGCCCAAAAAAUCAAAAAUUAUCCCCCUAAAAACAACACUCGCGCCACAAUUCGCCGCCAUCCCCAUGGCGCUUUCCACCACACCUCCACCACCUGACAAUCCUCCCACCACCACUGCCGCCUCCGCCUCCGCCUCCGCCUCUACCGCCACUUCCGCUGUCUCAACAACAAGACACCUGUUAUCUUACCCCAGACCCCCUAAUCCCCACACGCUCACCCCAACAACCAACCUCCAACCUCACCCCUUUUAUUCAUCCCCAUCAAGACAAUUGCCCUCCAAUCCCAACCCCAGUUACGCUCAAUUAGUUCCCCGGCCAACGCAAUCCGACCUCCUUCCUCGCCCACAAGACCCCUCACAGCUGCUUUACCCCAUCGCCUCCUCCAGCCGGGGUUUCCUUCCGAGACCCGUCACAAUGCCUGCGGCCCGACCCACCUCGAGGCCACCCUUGGUGUUCUCUGCUGCAGAUCUAGGUCAUGGUAGUUCAGGAUAUUUUAGGCCAACUCACUUGCAGCACGCGCUCCUUGGGUCUGGUCCCAGUUCCGCUGCUACUGGCGGGGUCGUGACAGAUGCGGUAAAAGGAAUUCCCGUAUCUACUACAAACCACCUGAAGGUUGGUCCUUCAACUACUAUCUCUGAAAAUAACGGCUACAAAGAUUUGAGGGAUAGAACUAGGGAUGACACUAUUACGGUUAUUGGAGAUCGAAAGGUUAGAAUAUCUGAAAAUGCUUCUAUUUAUACCCUUUGCCGGUCAUGGUUGAGAAAUGGUUUUCCAGAAGAAACUCAGCCUCAGUACCAAGAUGUCAUGAAGUGUCUUCCCAGACCUCUGCCAGUAGCUGCACAACAUUCAGAUUCUCCUGGGAGGAAGGAAGGUGAUGAAGAAGAGGAAGAAAAGGACGUAGAGUCUGUUGAGGAUAUAUCUACAAAAGACCUGUUGCAAAGACAUGUCAAGCGGGCUAAGAGGGUUAGAUCACGGCUAAGAGAAGAAAGGCUCCAGCGAAUUGCUAGAUACAAAACAAGACUUGCUCUUCUCUUACCCCCAAUAGUAGAGCAACACAUGAAAAAUGAAUCUGCUGCAAACUGAAAGCUGAAGACAGAAGGUGAAGCCCUCAUAUUUGACGGCAUGAAGUUGCAUGAUUUGGUGGUUUGGAUGCAGUUAUAAAAGUGACAACUAUCUCUGUUUGCUUGCCAUCGACUCCAGUUGUCAUUUUAUGCAAUAAAUGAGCAGUUCAAGUAAUUGAGAGCUGCCAAAUAUAGCGCCCUACUAUUCAGCUGAAGUAGACCAGACGGACUUGGUUACAAAAAUUGCCAAUUCAGGGAUCGUUGAAACCACAAUUAUGUACAGUUGAAUGCAAAAUUGAUAUUUAUACAUGUAUCAAAAUCUCUUCUCAACGAAGUAUUUCUCCUUGUGUACGUUAUUAAACCCAUUUUUACUUGGUUGCUUAGAUGUGUCUCAAUUUUAACGUGUUUGCUAGGCGAUACUGAUGACGUAGCAUUAACAUCUAAGAUUUCAACUAGAUUUUGUGAAUUUUGGGA